UGCUGAGGGGAAAGACAUGGAGACGGGCCGGGGGCUUUUCCUGCGGGCGGCGGCGGCGGCGGCGGCGUGGCUCUGCUUCGUCGGGGCAGCCUCUGCCUCGGCGCCCCCUCAGCGCUACACACCCGACUGGCCCAGCUUGGACGCCCGGCCGCUGCCGGGCUGGUUCGACGCCGCCAAGGUCGGCGUGUUCGUCCACUGGGGAGUCUUCUCGGUGCCGGCCUGGGGCUCCGAGUGGUUCUGGUGGCACUGGCGGGGCGAGAAGCAGCCCGACUUCGACCGCUUCGUCCAGGCGCGCUUCCCGCCUGGCACCAGCUACGCGGACUUCGCCCCCCGCUUCACCGCCCACGACUUCCAGCCCCUGCAGUGGGCGCGGCUCUUCCAGCAGGCCGGCGCAAGAUAUGUGGUGUUGACGACAAAGCAUCAUGAAGGCUUCACCAACUGGGGGUCCAACGUGUCAUGGAACUGGAAUUCGGUAGAUACGGGGCCCCAUCGAGACUUGGUGGGUGAACUGGGGGAUGCUCUCAGAGAAAGGAACAUACACUAUGGACUGUACCACUCCCUCUUUGAAUGGUUUAACCCGCUCUAUUUAUUGGACAAAAAAAAUGGCUUCAAGAGUCAGUUUUUUGUCUAUGGCAAGACCCUGCCUGAGCUUUAUGAGCUUGUCUUGAGAUACAAGCCAGAUCUCAUUUGGUCUGAUGGAGACUGGGAGGCACCAGAUACUUACUGGAACUCAACCUCUUUCCUCGCCUGGCUUUACAAUGACAGUCCAGUCAAGGAUACUGUAGUGGUGAAUGAUCGAUGGGGCACCAAUUGCUCUUGUCACCAUGGAGGUUUCUAUAACUGUCAAGAUAAAUACGAGCCUGGCACUCUGCCAGACCACAAGUGGGAGAUGUGCAGCUCUAUUGACAGAAGAUCUUGGGGGUAUCGAAGCAACAUGCAAAUCAAUGAACUCAUGGAUGAAUCCAGCAUCAUUCAGGAACUUGUGCAAACUGUGAGCUAUGGUGGAAACUAUCUUCUCAAUGUGGGACCCACAAAAGAAGGGGUGAUCGCUCCAGUCUUCCAAGAGAGGCUCCUAGCCCUUGGGAAGUGGCUAGGCAUUAAUGGGGAGGCCAUUUAUGAAUCAAAGCCAUGGAGAAUACAAAAGGAGAAUUGCACUUGCAGCACAUGGUACACUUCAAAGGGAGAAACAGUCUAUGCCAUCUUCUUGACCUGGCCAGAAAGCAGUGUGUUGAUUCUUCCAUCACCUGUCUCAUCUGCAACUACUAAAGUGACUAUGUUGGGAUUCUCUGAACCUUUGAAAUGGCAGGUAGCCCCAGACAAAGGACUGAAGAUCAUGCUGCCCUCUGCUGUUCCUUCACUUCUCCCUCUGCAGCAUGGCUGGACUCUUAAGCUAGUUGGAGUGGCAUGAUGGUGAAACUGGAAGGAAAUUGAGGAACGUCUAUUUCUCUCUCAUUGACAAACCAUUCAAGCUGGUGUGAUUAGUGGCAUGAAUGGGUUUGAAAUGGUGGGUGGUUGGGGCUUAAAAGAUGGGACUGCAAUGCAAUGCAGUGUUUAUGUGUUAGCAAUCCUCAGGUGUUGCAUUUCAGUAGGGAGAAACCGAAGAACGGGCACUCUCCCGGCAGGAUUUAAUUUGCCUGACACAAAUGUCCAAAAGCACUCUGCUGUAAUGCACUGAGCAUCAUUUGCACAGAAUGAGAACUGUCUCCAGUAACUUCUCGGGAAAAUUAACUUGGCCUGUGGUGAGUUCCACUUCACUCACAUGUUAUGGGAAACUAUACCUAGUGGCUAACUGAACACCAAAGUUAUUGUGAUCUUGGCCACUUAGCUUGAAAUAAACUGUGAUCCUUGACUUAGCAUUACACCUGAAGCAGAAAUUGUAGUUUGUUUCAGUCUCAGCAUACCCUGAUCUGUAGCCAAGGUUUGUCCUUGGCUUACUGAUGAUGCUUUGUUAGAGCAAAAGAAACUAUGAUUUCUGGCUUAGCGUUACCUCCAAAUCUGGGGUCAUGGUUUGUUUUGCUCUAAUUCUAAGCCAGGGAUAAUGGUUUGGGUCCACUUGCAGGAAAGGGACAAAAGCAGCUCUGAAAAGCACAUUCCAGCAAACCAUUACCUGGUAUAUUGUGACAUGCAAACUUGGGCCAUCGAUUAGAGGCAAAAUGAGCAGAGCUCAGCAAUUGAUCUCAGUUGAAUUAGAGCAGGUCUCCCAUUUAUGUAUCGCUUUACACAGGAGGAGUCACAAAGCAGUUUCCAGAGACAACAGCAUACAAUCGACAAUAAAAAAAAAUCAAAAUGAAACAGAUAUAUGAAGUAUAAAACAAAAUAACUAUAUUAAGUGUUCAUUCACAAAAAUCACUCAAAAACAUGAAUAACUGCCCCAUCCAAUAAGUAUAAACACCAAAAAUAUAUGUCCAAAACAUAGACCAUUAGUAUUAUGAGGUACUAAUUAGAACUUUGAAAGCUUCUGAAAAGUGUUUUGCUUGGAAGUGGAAAGGAGAGGCCUUGUAUCUAAGUUCACAAACCAGCAAAGUCCAAUGGGAGGGAACACAGAAUUAACUAGAAUUACUGGUAACAAGCCAUCAAUACAUCACAGUUGUGGGGCAAUCGAUAAUUAAAUGCCAGAUUUUGGUGCAGUGAUUUGAGGGGAACAAAACAACUUUGUUCUUGGAAGGCAGUGAUGAUAUGACCUUCAUGUUUUCAGAAUUGUGUAAGUUCAUCUCUUGCAAAAAGUGGAACGUGAGCCCAUGUAGAACAGGGAAAGGACUCUCUUAGAACGGGUUUCAAGGUCUAGGCUUACAAAUCAAUUAAGAAUUCACUUGUAAAUAAGAAAAGUAGCUGGUCCCUCACUUGCCUUUCUCAUGCAUUCUAUUGAUGAAGUUAAUGCUAUCUUGAAACAUCCAGUUAAUUUAUAUUGCUGCAUAUGGCAUUAAGUGCCUUUUCCACAGGCAUGGCUUACAAAAUUUAGAAACUUUCACAGUUGGCUGCUCAUCUCACCCCGUUUUUCCUUAGCUAGUCCCUUCUCUUAUGUCAAGGGUAGCAAAUCUGGUGCCCUCCAGAUGUUGGACUUGAACAUCCUUGACAACUGGUCAUGCUAGCUGUGACUGAUGGAAGUUGUAGUCCACCAUCAGGAGGAUACCAUGUUGGCUAACCCUUCCAUAGCAUAUAAACUUACCUUCUAAAUGAAUAAACAUACAAGAUGGGGAAUACGAUUGCAGGACCUUUUACCCCAUUUCUUGAGGGAUGUUCUUGUGCUCUGGAAGUACAAGCUAAUCAUGCAGUUGAGGGCAAAUGUGGCUCUGAGUGAAGGGUAUGAGUAAUUGGGUUGAAAUGUUGACCCUGCAAGGGAUGGAUGUGGGAUCUGUGGCACUACAGGUAUUAGUCCUGCUCACAUCUGCACCAGCCAGUUGAGGACGAUGGAACUUGUAGCCAGGCAACAUCUGCAGCACUACAGGUACUCUAUCUCUGCUGCAAGGGGUAUGUAGCAGUCACCUGCAUUCUGCCACCCCCACCAUAGCCUCUAGACUAUGAUCAAGCAAUGCAGUAGAUCCCAGCAAGUUUAAGGAGUGUGUUGCAGUUUCUUAGCAGCUAUAACAGGUGAUUUCCUCACCUCCAUCAUAUGGCCUAUCAUGACAAAAUACGACAGACAGUAUAUUUCAAAGGGAAACUCAUACGGUGCAACUCUGUAAAUGAAUGACUUUAAAUCAGAUGUUUAAAUCUUUUUAUAUAUAUAAAACCAAACUGCUAGAUUGAACCACAUGGUAUGAGUGGUCCUCCUGAUGUGUUGUUCUGCAAUGUAUCAAUCACAGUGCCUUUUCUGUUUUUCAUAUCUGAUUUCAAAUGUUGGUUUUGCAAAAAUAAUAAAACAUUGGAAUUGAA